CACAGUUCGCACUUUGCCGGGAACCGUCAAACAAAGCGGUCGCGAAAGUGAGAGAUUUCGUUUAACCCACAUUCAUGUAGAACGUGUGAUACUGGCGAUAUUCGGUUUUUAUUUAUUUUUAUAAACGUUUGUGUUAUUUACAUACAUAGUUGUUAGUAGAGACACAACUCGAAGAAGUUAGCACCAAGCGGUCGACGUGCCAAGUAAAAAUCCGAUUUCAUAUUCUUUUAGUUUCGUAAAAUAGCGAAAAGUCGAGUAACGAUUAAUCAUGCCACCAAAUGCAGCAGCAAUAAAUCACAAUUCUCUGGAUGCCCUAACGGGACAAAAGAAUGAUGUAACCAAAAACAAUUUAGGAGCUUCCAAAGAAACCGGAGUUCUAUUUGAAUACGAUGCCGACACGGCUGAUGGAGCCUUGAACAUUGAUGUGCUUCAACGAAAACGUGCAGAAAAACGCAAGCUUAAACUGGUUUGGCGAAAUAUAAUUAUCUUUGGGUACUUGCACAUUGCUGCACUUUACGGUGCUUGGUUAUUCUUUACUUCGGCGAAGUGGCCGACUGUGUUUUUCUCCAUCUAUCUCUAUUCCAUUGGUGUAUUGGGUAUCACAGCAGGAGCUCAUCGCCUUUGGGCUCACCGCUCUUAUAAGGCUAAGUGGCCUUUAAGAGCUAUACUGAUUGCUUUCAAUACGUGUGCUUUCCAAGAUGCCGCCUUCCACUGGGCACGUGACCACCGUGUGCAUCACAAGUUUUCCGAAACCGAUGCAGAUCCCCAUAAUGCUACACGAGGCUUCUUUUUCUCCCACAUCGGUUGGUUGUUAUGCAAGAAACAUCCUGACGUUAUUGCUAAAGGCAAAAGCUUAGAUUUGACCGAUUUGCACGCUGAUCGUAUUCUCAUGUGGCAGUUGAAACACUACAAUAUACUCAUGCCUUUGGCGUGCUUUAUUCUCCCAACCGUUAUACCCAUGUACUUCUGGAAUGAGACAUUCAUCAAUUCCUGGUUUGUUGCAACCAUGUUCCGUUGGUGUUUCUUGUUGAACGUCACUUGGUGUGUGAAUAGUGCUGCGCACAAAUUUGGAGGUCGUCCAUAUGAUAAAAACAUCAAUCCUUCGCAAUGCCCAUCUGUUUCAGCAUUUGCAUUUGGUGAGGGUUGGCACAACUAUCACCAUGUCUUCCCAUGGGACUACAAAACAGCAGAAUGGGGCAACUAUUCUCUGAAUUUAACCACUGCUUUCAUCGAUUUCUUCGCUAAAAUUGGUUGGGCAUAUGAUUUGAAGACCGUAUCCGCCGACAUCAUUGAGAAACGGGUGAAACGUACUGGUGAUGGUUCACACGAGCUUUGGGGCUAUGGCGACAGUGAUAUUACCAAAGAGGACCAACAAGGCAUUAUUACAAUUAAUAAGAAGCAGGAGUAAUUAAUUUUAAUUUUAAUACAUAUUGAACCCAACUUGUCUGAAUUUCACAAUGUGUCUUAUCAUUUACACUAAAUUUAUAAUUUGUGCAAAGCGAAUCUAAAAGAAGCAAUUUAGCUAAAUGGAUAAAUUAAGAUAAUUUAUAAAACACAUAAAUAUAUGAUAUAAUGUAUAUAGCUGUAUUGUGAAAUGUAUGUAGAUACAUACGAAUAUGAUGCGGUUGACCAUUCAUCGCUCCUGUAAUUAUUAAUUGAAAUCAGUAAUUUUGUACAUGCAUGCAUUCAUUGAUUCAUACUCUACAUAUACAUAUUUAUGCAAUAGGAUUAAAUGUAUAACCCCUUGAAUAAAAUACUACUUAUGAAAAUAGAAA